AUGGCCCCAGGGGUACAUGUGUUUAAUUCGGAAAAGCAGAUAAACGAUGCAAGCACCACGAAUAAUACAGACUCACAGAGCGAAGUGUUGCUGAGUGGUUGUUGGUCUGUUCGCCGAGCUUGGCAGUUGGACUGCGGAGACAUCAACGGAACGCUCGGAAAAGAAGAAAUAUGUGAACUACUGGAAUUGUGUAUGACAACCUACUUUGAGUUCAAUGGAGAAUAUUACGAACAGAUCAAAGGAGCGCCAAUGGGGUCACCAAUCUCUGGAUUCAUCGCGGAAAUUACAAUGCAGAAACUGGAGCGAAUCGUACUACCAGAUAUCAAACCGAAAAUAUGGGUACGAUAUUUAGACGACAUAUUCGCUGUUGUAAAGAAAAAGGAACGGACUGACUGGGUCAAAGGAAGACAAUCACGAAAAACAGAAGGCGGAUCAAAUGAGCAAAACCCACCCCACAAAGCAAGAAGGAAACGACCGAAUCACAAUAUGACAACCACAUAA